AUGUACGCUAACGACAUAACUCGACCCACCAUGACCGAGAUGAAACGCGAGUCUAAGAGCUUUGAAGCAAUCCAACAAGGGAUGGUCUUUGUAGUUCUCAGCUCUUUUGGAUAUUCCUUUGAACUGAAGCGCCCCGAGCGAAUGGCUGAGAAGACGUUCCAGUACCUUACGAUCCUUGAGGUAUUCAAAGAUGGUGUCCCACUUAACUUUGGCACUGCGAUUGAUGACUUCUGCCAAAAGCAAUAUGAAAUGGAAUUCGACCCAAAAAUGUCGAAAGGGACUUUAAAGAUAGUCAAGAGAAGAAAAGACUUAAACAGAACAGCUCUUUCAUUCUCUUGGAUGUUGCAGUACUGUGAACAAAGCGGUGUCUUGGUAAAUAAAAGAAAGACUAAAUUGGCUAAGAAGACAGUCCAACUCGAAAAGGUGACUUCUAUCACUUUCCCAAGCAAGAACUUACUCUUCGAGAAGAGUCAAAUCGAUGAGAUCGGUACAGCCGCUCAUAAACACUUGUGCUCACUUUUCAAUAAAAAGGAGAAGAGUCUGGUCGUCCCAGCUUACUAUCCUUUCUUCCUCGACUUACUCGAAAAGGGACAAAACCUCUCAACCUCGUUAAACAACAUUAACACAACGGUGAAGUCCGAAAACACACAAAACGAUGUACAAACAUCACCAGAAAUUGUGGAAGAACUCGCCUUUACUAACCCACAAGAGGUCUUUGCAUCAUUCCCUCUCGAUUUUGCCCCAGUCGACGGGUUCAUUGUACAGCAACCAACUUACGGAUUUUAUUAUUAA